AUGAUUUUAAUUAAUAUACUCAAGACAUUUUACGAGACACAAAGAUUGGUUAUGGAGAAUAAUAACUAUUACUUAAUAGGGAGUAUAAUCAUAGCAGUGUUUUUAUAUUUCUUUAGUAGUAAAAGUGCCUUUCUUUCUUUAUUCCCUAUAGUCUCAUCUAUGGUAAGAUUUUUAGGUGAAAUUUACAGUGACAAUGAAAUUGUAAAUUAUCUUACGGAUAACUUUCUACGAUUUAUUAUAACAUCUUACGUAGUUACAUAUAUACUUAUAUAUUUUACAAAAUUAUCUCUAAAAAUAUUAGCGGCCAUUGCUCUUCUUAGUGUAACACAUAAAUAUAACGAAUAUUUAAACGUUUCAUUUUAUAAAUAUGUGAUGAUAACUGUUGUCGCAGUGACAUUUUACAGUGUAGGAAGAUUACAAAAAGUGUGCUGUGUGUUAAUAGCUGCUUUUUAUUCUUCAUUAAUAAUAUUAAAUGGUAUAGAAAUAUUAAGUAAGUACAAAUUAGGGAUGAAAAAUUUAGAAUUAGAAGGAUUAGCUUUAAGUUUUAUGUUAACAGCAAUAUCUUUAUUUUUACAGACAAGAAUACAUAGAAAGAAAGCAAAAUAA